AUGGUUAAAUAUAUAGAAGGCACAAUCGAUUAUGAAAAACGUAGUGAAGUUCUCAAUGAUAAUCACAAGGUUUUAAUCUAUCUCGACGAUAUGACAUUAACUGAUAUUGCUUCGCAAGAUGGUUCUUAUGUUCGUAAGUUUCAUACUGUAUCAAAAUUAAUUCUCGAAAAUCAAAUUCGAACAUUCCCCAUAGAAUUUUCACUUGAAUAUGAUGAGAAAGAAAUUGAGAAAACAUCAAAUUAUUCUAUACGUGUACGAAUUGUAGCUGAUGGUAAAACACGUUUUAUUACCAGUACGAAUGUGCCAGUGCUUACGAAAGGUUAUGGUGAUAUAGUUGACGUCAAAGUGGAAAAAAUUGAUUUAAUGUAA